AUGUCAAUUGAUGAAUCGAUUCCAUCAACAGUUCUAGCCUCGGAAACUGAAAAUACUAUAUCACAAAUCACUUUACGACGGAUAACCUAUAAGCUCAAUGGCAGAAUAAUUGAAUUUAUACCGGAUAAAGACGCAAAAGACUUUUUGGUUAAUAUCAAAGUAGCAUGGUUCUCUCGUCCGCGCGAUGUUUUUGGUGGAAAUAGGCGUAGACACUUUGAUCCUCGCCUAUUGAUUGCAACCAUGAACACUGAUAUCAAUCCAGUAUCGGCCAUCAUUUGUAAAUGUGAGAUCAAGCAUAUAGACCAUAUCAGCAAUAUGGAUAAAUACAAAUCUGAUGAAUAUGCAUUUUAUUAUAAUCAACUAUACGAUAGGCACACACGCCGUCUGUACGAUGUUUUACCUAUGGAAUCUGUAAAGAAUCUUCCAAAACGAAUCAUGCGACAUCUUUUAAGUUUUCAGUUUAUUCUUGUAGAAGCUGGAAGUGCCGAUAGGUUUACUACAAAGCGAGUUUGUCAAGCCUGUGAUGGUUGGUGUAGUCCUGACGAACCUAUUGCUACAUGUGGGACGUGUUCCAAUAUAUUGCACUUGGACUGUGCGGGGAUGACAAGAAAACCUUCAAAGGGUUACACAUGGCAAUGUUCUAGUUGUUUAAGAGACUUUCAAAUGAACGAAAGGGGCGCUUCCAACGACGAUCUGGAUAGCACAAAUGGCCAAUCAGACAAUUCUAAUCAUGAUGAAAAGGACACACCGAGCAAACUUAAAAAAGCCACGCCCAUUGAUUUUGACGCCGAUGAAUUGAUGUUUGAUUUAAAAUAUGUAACAGAUCAUGUAGCUGCACAUACCCAUAAUCACAACCCGUUGUUUCCUUUUUGUUAUUUUGGAAAAUAUGCGUCCCUAAAUGAUCUAGAUGAUAAUCUUGAUGAAAAAUCACACCCAAAAUCGUCUAGCAGAAUCGGUAAAGCAUUCCAAGCACAUAUGCCAGAAUGCUGUGAUACGACAUUGUUGGAUGCCGAGUCUAAACAAAUCAAGGCAAUUGAUAAUCUCCAGCAAGAGCCUACUUUGUCAGUUCGACGAAGGGGCCGGCCUCGUAUUUCCAGUACGGAUACAACAGUCAGUCGUAGCAGCGUGGACGAAGUUGUUUUUUGUGGUCAUACUCUCACAGAAAAAUCUAUUGACGAGUUGGGAGGAUUCAAAAAUUUAUCAGGACGCAUUGUUUACCAGUGCUUAUUGCAGCUCUACCAAAAUCGAUCUCGGCCCGAUGAGGACAAGAGCUGGCUUAAUGAGCUUGUUUCUCAAGAGCGCAGUAGCCAAUGGACUGUGGCCGAGAUUUCAUCAUUUGAACGGGGUGUAGCCAAAUAUGGUCACGAAUUGAAUUGGAUUCGUAAAGAAGCAAGUAAUGAAUUAGAUGAUUUUGUGCCUAGUCGAACGCUGAAGGAAGUUAUAUUAUAUUUUUACAUUUGGAAAAAAUCGCCCAAUUACACAUCUGUUUACUCGGAAUACUGCAGGGUGUAUAGGCCAAAGAAAUUUCUAAAAAAUACUGAUGUACGAAGCUCUGCUGCUGCAAAUAUUAAAGAUUUUUCCGAUUUUUCGUCUACAGAAGAGGACAAUGUAGAAUCUUUAAAACCGACCAUGUCGUGGGUAGAAUGUUCAAAUUGUUUUAAAAAUGCCAAAGUAACCCGGCCUGCUGGAUUACUUUUUGCACAUGGUCAGCAGCAGCGUUGGUGUUUGGAAUGUCACACCUACUACAUCACAUAUGCAACUCCUCGGAUUAUAUCUGAAACUAUUAAAAAGGCUAAUCGGGAGAAAGAGAGAAAACGCAAAGCUCGCGAAAUGGUCGACGAAGAUACUCAUGUUUUUAAAAAACGAGGUCGUCCUCCAGGUAGAUCUCAACUUGCUAAAAAGAAUAACACGGAAGAGACGUGGGCUGAUAUCAGCGAUAAAUUGGACGAUGCCGAACUGGAGCCAUGUGCAGUGUGUCUGGAUUUUACAGAAUCAGAAGCGUCCAAACUGGUUCGCUGCACAGGAUGUAGAUUAUAUGUACAUACACUGUGCUACGGCGUUUUAUCUUUUAAAACGAGUAAAUCAAACUCCUUUCAGUGCGAUCGAUGCAUGAAUUCACAAAAUCCAGAAUCAUCACUGAUUUAUGAUUGUGUUCUUUGUACUGGUCAGCUUUCGUCGAGAUUAUCCCCAAUUAAACGCACAAUUUGCAACAAUUGGGUACAUGUGCAGUGUGCCAUCUGGCACAGUGAACCUAUUUUUGGAUGCCUAAAAUCUUUGGAACCGGUUGAAUCUAUCGGGCUUGUUGAUAAGCAAAAGUGGUUAAUGGUAGCGGUUUUUCAUUGUAAUAUAUGUAACAUUCAUGCAGGUGCUUGCGUCAAGUGCACUACAACUGGGUGCUUGGCAGCGUCUCAUGUUACUUGUGCCCAACAUGAUGAUUCUUGGGUCGCAAAGAUACAGACAAAAACUAUCCCAGACGUUAAAGAUGGAUGGGACUACUCGACCAUUGUUACAUGCCCAUUGCAUUCUAGCAAGAAUGAGAAUGAGAAUAACUUGGCAGGAUCGUCUGAUGCUACUACCUCUGAAAUUUUGUUUCAAUACAUCUCUGGUUUCAAGGUUGGUAUUUCGGGGCAUGCCACGCGUAGCCAAAGACGAGCUGCUUCUCAAACCCUACAUUCACAGUGCUAUUGCCAUGAUCCUUGUAAAGAAAAUAUAUCUAUAUCACAAGACAAGAGUAUCGUUACACAGCAUAUAGACAGUCUACCUCAACCAACACCAUAUCUCGAAAAGACGUCAAGCACUAAUAACAACCCUCUGUGUACUGAGGAUCCUUUGCUUGAUACAGCCAAAAAAACAUCAGCAGAAAACGGAGUUUCAAUUGAAGAAGUGCAUUGUGUAAUGUGUAAUGUAUCAACCUCGCCCUUUUGGUUUUGUGCUGAAGAUCUACUGUUGAUCAAAAAUAGUUUUGAGGAAUCAUUAUUUGCUUCCAUCAAUGCCAAAGGUGCGCGUGUAUGUUUUGCGUGUGUUUUACAGUCUAAAAGCCAACUGGUCAAUAACCUUUUGGUUUAG